AUGGUUGACUUGACAGAUUUCUUCAAGGUCCAAAAAGGCCCAAAGGCCGCAAAACCUGUGAAGAGGAAAGUCGAGCAAAGCCCGAAGACGGUGUCAGAGGCUCCCGCUGCGAAGAAAUCCAAGACGGCCCCAAUUGCCAUUUCUUCUUCUGCGGAGGCGAGACCCGCCCAAAAGAAAAAGAGGGUGGUGAUUUCGGACGAUGAUUUUGACGACGAUGAUUUCAAGAUGGACGAGUCAGAAGCUGCAGACGAGGAGCUUGAUGAGCCCGAGAUUUUGGACGAUGACGACGAUUUUGUGGAGUUGGUGAAGCCUCCCAAGUCUUCUAGGAGAGAGUCCAAGCCAGUAGUUGCUACUCCCUCACCGGUGAAAAAGUCACCGGUCAAGAAGUCUCCAGUUAAGAAAGAAACUCCCAAGAAACCAGAAUCAACCUCGAAACCGGCUUUGGGUGGGACUACCGCCGAGGAACUGUUAAAGACGAUCCCAGACGCCGUUCUCCCAGAUACCUCUGAGACGGAGGGUCUCAGUUUUUUCCAGCUAAAACAGAGACAAGCAGAGGCUCCUCAACCAGACUUGGGAUCACGCGAAAUACCUGAAGGCUCGCCCAAUUGUCUGGCCGGUCUAACAAUCGUUUUCACUGGAAAUUUGCCCUCUCUGGAUAGAUCCACCUCGGAGUCGCUGGCUACACGGUACGGUGCUAAAGUGACCAAAUCGCUUAGCAAAAAGACAAGUCUAGUCGUGAUAGGUGCUGAGGCGGGACCUUCAAAAGUGAAGAAGAUCAAAGAAUUUGGUAUCAAAGCUAUCGACGAAGAUGGGUUCGUUUCUUUAAUAUCUGGAGUCUCCUCCAAUGGAGGAGGAAGUGAGGCUGCUGCAAAGGCAAUAGCCAAGAAAGAGGAAGAAGAGAAGAAGGCAAUUGCAGAGGCCGAAAAGGAAAUGAAAGAGGAAGAAAACAGAGAAAAAGAGAGGUUGCAAAAACUGGCUCAAAGGUCGGCGCAGUCAGGAUCAUCUUCUUCCAAGGAUUCUCUUCCAAUUAUUAUCAAAACGUCCGAUAAACCAGACUCCGAGAAGCUAUGGACAGUGAAAUAUGCUCCUACGAAAAUGGAGCAUAUCUGCGGAAACAAGUCGAACGUGGCGAAGCUAUCCAAUUGGCUGACGAACUGGUUUGCCAACUCCAAGGCUGGGUUCAAGAAUCCGGGCAAAGACGGAACGGGUGUCUUCAGAGCUGUUCUAAUAAGUGGACCACCGGGAAUCGGAAAGACCACAGCUGCUCAUGUGGUGGCUAAGUCUCUUGGUUUUGAUGUUCUAGAGAAAAACGCCUCAGACGUGAGAUCAAAAUCGCUUUUAAACGCAGAUCUCAAGUCUGUGCUGGAUAAUACCUCGUUAGUGGGAUUUUUCCAAGGCAAAGAAAACCACAAUGCCAAUCAAAAUAAAUUUGUUUUAAUAAUGGACGAGGUGGACGGAAUGUCGAGUGGAGACCAUGGUGGAGUGGGCCAGUUGGCUGCUUUCUGCAGACAGACUUCGAUGCCAUUGAUCCUUAUUUGCAACGAUAAGUCUCUUCCCAAGAUGAGGCCUUUUGAUCGUGUGACUUUAGAUUUGACGUGGAGAAGACCCAGUGCCCAAGAGAUGAGAUCCAGGCUCAUGACGAUUGCUCAUCGUGAGAAGUUCCAACUGGACCCGAAUGUGAUUGACCAAUUGGUGGAAACAACCCACAAUGAUAUCAGACAGAUCAUCAACAUUUUGUCGCAAGUUUCUAGAACCCAAAAGAAACUUGGGUUCGAAGAUGCAUCUGCCAUCAAAAAGGCCUGGCAGAAACAGGUUUCUUUGAAACCGUUUGAUAUCAUUGGACGGUUACUCUCUGGUUCCACGUUCUCGGAAUCAUCGCACAUGUCACUCAACGAUAAGCUUAAUCUAUACUUUGACGAUAUCGAUUUCACGCCUUUGAUGGUCCAGGAAAACUACCUGAGUACGGCGCCAUCGCGGCUCAGCCGUGGUUCGCCCAAAGACCAGAACCUCAGCAAAUUGGAGCUUCUGGAAAAGGCAUCCAACGCGAUUUCCGAAUCGGACUUGGUGAACAGUAAGAUCAGGAGUGGUGAGCAACAAUGGAGUCUCUUGCCGUUUCACGGGCUUGUUUCUUCAGUACUGCCUUCGAGCUAUGUUGCCGGGCAGAUUCAAUCCAGAAUCAACUUCACUGCCUGGUUGGGCCAGAACUCGAAGAGAAUGAAGUUUUCGAGAUUGCUCCAAGAGCUGCAGUACCGCACUUCGAUCCGGACGUCUACCAAUAACGUUGAGUUGCGACUCAGCUACAUGACGUAUCUGAUUCAAAGGCUAUUCCAGCCUUUAGUAUCCAAACAACAGGAGGGAAUCUCCGAUGUGAUUGAGAUAAUGGAUUGCUAUUUCCUGACCAAGGAGGAUUGGGACAACAUUAUGGACUUUGGUGUUGGACGAUUCAAAAUGGAGGCCAAUUUGAAAAAGAUCCCAACUCCGGUCAAGACUGCGUUCACUCGCAAGUACAACGGAAUGACACAUCCGAUCUCUAUAUAUAAGACCGGCAAUUCUGUUGCAUCUGGUGGUGGGAAAAAGGUUGUUGCUGACUCAGAGGAUGUUGUUGUUGAUGAUAUGAACGACAAGGCGGAUGAGGAUGAUGAUGAGGACAAUAGUUUGAAGAAGGAUAAGUUGAUCAAGGAGGUGAAAAAGAAGGCUGGUGGUAAGGCCAAGGCGAAGGGGAAAGCGGCUUCCAAGGCGAAGGCUAAGGCAUAG